AUGUUGAGAAGAGAUACAGCUAAUAUACAUAACAAUCAUACAAGAACAAAGCAUACGAUACUUAGAAGUAAACGAGUCAUCCCACAAUACAGUGAUACAUUGUGUGAGGAGUCACCAGAUGCACAAGAGUAUAGGUUUGGUGAUUUCUCUGUAUUGAAUCAUAGAAACCAUCCCGGAGUAGUGUAUUAUUUCAUUGAAUUGACAGAUCCUAAUGGGAACCCAAUAUCUGGUAGAAGUGGGAAUAAUACUAGUAAUAAUAAUAACAGUAUUAAUAAUAGUAGUAAUACUCAUCGUAUAUGA